UGCGAUGUGGGGGUUCCGGAGAUAAAAUGUUUUGCAGAACUUAUUAGAUGUCAAUAAAAUGUCCUUUCCAGAUAUUCACACUUGUAUUCAGUUGACAGCAGAAAAUGAAAAACUGAAAAAGAAAUGCUGGAAAUUGAAAGUUCAGAAAGACGACAUUCAAUUAGAACUGUCAAAUCUAAAGCAGAAGCUGCAGAGGGAAGAACUGUUAAAGAAUUACGUCACAACAAGAGAUUCUUCAACACAAACAGAAGGAAACAGAGUGUGGCAGCCAGCAGUGGCUGUGAAGAAGAAGGAGGACCCCUCAUUUAAAGCAGAUGUGGAACAGACAAACAAGCUCUUGUCUCUACAUAAUCAGAUGAUGAGAAGAUAUGAAAAGGAAGUAAAGAUGAAUAUGCUGCAUGUAGAAACCAUAACAGAUCUGAAUAUCAGAAUAUCAGAACUGGAGCGACUAUUGAAAGAAGAAAAAAACACAAGAAUGUCCCUAGAACGACAGUUAAUGAAUCAAAACCCAAAGAAAAAGUCUGUAGAACUGCCAGCAUCAACUGAAGAGUUGAAAACAGGAAUGAAAACAAAAUAUGAAAAAGUAGUCAAGGAAUGUGAAAGAAUGAAAAGAGAAAAUGAGAAACUCAGGACAGAAUUGAAGGGACUGGAUUUUGGAUUCUUUGAAGAAAUAGAGGAUCUCAAGUUUGGACUAAAGCAAGCAACAAAACUUAACAAGGAGUAUGAGAAGACCCUCAGAAAAGUGUGUAUUCAGUUUGGUGUACCCUAUCCUCAUCCUGAGAAAUGUUUACAGGACGCUUCUUAGCAGUUAAUGGAGGUAGAAGGAAUGUGUGACACGAGAGACGUAAAUACAGGAUUGUCACACUUUUAUUGUGAUAGAUGCUACAUAGUCCUUCAAAGUACAUUGUAUACAAUGUUUAUAUAAGAUCAUCAUCACCCUCACCAACGCAGUCACAGACAUUGAAUAUUUACGGUGCAGAUCAAAAUAAGACAUCAUCAUUAUUUUCACAUACAAAUUUAUUUUAUUCAGAGAAUGACAUUAUUUUACUUGCA